AUGUCGCAAGUGCUGAAGACUCUCCUUGAGGGACUCACGCCGCCGCCGUUCUACAAUCCUGUGGAAUACGACGGUUGGGAGUAUCGGUGGAGGGUAUUUACCUUCCGUCCAGCCUAUUUCAAAACGGAAGUGGGGCUCCUUGCGGGAUUGCUGCUUGUAGUUGUCUUCUUCCUAUGGGGGAAGUCCCAAAAUUCCCGGAGAGCAAAGAAGUGGAUGGACGCGCACCUGCCGCUGCUCACGUCUCAGUUCUCCAAGCCUUCGGUAGAUGGCUUGAAAUCUGACGGGUACAGCGACUUCUUCAACUUUUCGACUGGGCGUCGCGCUGUUACCUCGCUACAUACCAUCUUUACCUUCAGACCGCGUCACGACUUGCUUCAGAUGGUAUACCAGAUUGUCUGGGGCUUGGUUGAAGUACAAACCACCUACCCUGACGACCUGCAGUUGGAUUUCAAACUGAACGAAGGUACCUUGGAAAGCGGCUUCGUAUGGGCGGUCGUCAAGAAGGAUGAACUCAGGACGAUCAGAGAUGCCAGAUGGGAUUUGACCUUCACCAAGACGACUGAGAAUCCGGCCCUUCCAGCACAGUUCUCCAUCAUGGCUGAACAAGCGGAUAUUACGGAGACCAUCCUUAAGACAACUAGCCUUGUACAACUCCUCAAAGACCCCGCCAUCUUACCUUAUUUCCGAUCACUGACCAUCACUGACCAACCACGCGAGCGCCCUGUACUCCCUUCAGAGUCUGUCCCUCUACCGCCAACCGAAAAACAUCUAAUUCUAUCCCUUAACUGCCCUCCACCAUCAUCUGCUGACGUCACAGUUCCCUUCAUCACGUCUCUCUUCCCAUUCAUCGACUCGCUCCCCAAGGUCUCUCUGCGCCCAGACACAAAGACUAAGCUGAAGAAGAUUAGGGAGGAAGUCGAUAAGGCAAUCAGGGAAGAAGCGGGUAGAGAGAAGAAAGAGGAGUUGGAGCAACAGCUUGAGGAGAAGAAGGCUGAGAAGAAGAGGCAGGAGCAGGAGAGAAUAUCGAAGCUGAGCGCAGCGGAGCAACAAAAGAUUUUGGACCGUGAACGAAAGCGCUCGCUGAGGAAGCAGCAGGGAAAAGUAUCUGUCCGAAAGUAA